CAGACUCACACGCACGUAUAUGAAUACAUACACUUAAAAACUGGCAGACAAACAGACAGAUAGAUAGACACACACACACACGAAACAAGUUUGUUAAAAGUCCGUACAUUGACGAAGGCGUAAAAAACGAAUAUUUACUUUGACGAAGACAGUGAGUGAAAACUGCUGUUCUAGCUUAGAUCUACGUUCUCGAGAGAUAGUACUUUGAGAUCAGUUGUGCUGGGAAUGAUGAGUGUGUGUUUAUAAACUUGCCUUUUGUCAUCUGUCAUUUACUCAUGUCCACGCCAGCGGGCGACACGUAAAUACAAUGCCUUCAAGUUUCUUGAAACAGUAUGCUGGAGGUCUGUCUCAGGUAGCAACGAUGAUGAUUGUCUCGGGAGUCUUCUUCAUCUUUGUCUUCACCGCUGUCUUCUUCCUCCUGCGCAUUUGGCUGCGCAGACGUUCCAAGAUCUUCUAUGACUCCUCUGGGAAAAAGAAGAGACCAUCGUUUGCUUUCUUCCACCCGUACUGCAAUGCUGGUGGCGGCGGGGAGAGGGUUUUGUGGGUGGCUGUCCGCUCCAUACAGAGAAGGUACCCAAAUGUCCAGUGCGUCAUCUAUACAGGCGACGUAGACGCCACCCCAGAUGAAAUCCUGGCAAGAGCAAGCCAACGAUUUAACAUUUUUCUUCCAUCUCGUGUUGAGUUUGUGUUUCUGCGUUGCCGCGGCUGGGUAGAGGCCAGCAAAUAUCCAUACUUCACUCUGCUAGGGCAGAGCAUUGGUUCUGUCUUUCUUGGCCUGGAAGCGCUGUAUCAGUUUGUCCCAGACGCUUACAUCGACACGAUGGGCUACGCCUUCACGUUGCCUCUCUUCAGGUACCUAGGCGGCUCCCUUGUUGCCUGCUACGUCCACUACCCAACCAUCUCGACUGAUAUGUUAGACAGGGUGACCCAGAGAGUGGCCGCUCACAACAACGCCUCGUUCAUUUCGUCCAGUCCAGUUUUGAGCAGGCUGAAGAUCUUCUACUACCAGCUUUUUGCUUAUCUGUACGGGGUGGCUGGCAACAGAGCCAACGUGAUCAUGGUGAAUUCCACCUGGACGUACAACCACAUCAUCAGCCUGUGGGGUGUGCCGGGAAAAACACAUAUCCUCUACCCGCCGUGCGACAUUUCCGAAUUCAUGAAAAUUCCUCUGGACAGCGAUGAGGAGAAGUCGAAGCAGAUCCUCUCCCUCGGUCAGUUUCGCCCGGAGAAAGACCAUCCGCUCCAGAUCCGUUCGUUCAGUCGCUUUGUGAAAAGCCUGGAUGAAAAGGCUGGCUCGACGUAUAAGCUUGUGCUUGCCGGCAGUUGUCGUAACGAGGAGGACCAGCGAAGGGUGGAGAGUCUGCACGCCCUGGCCAGGGAACUGGGCGUGGAUCAUCUCGUGGAUUUCCGUCUGAACAUCCCGUUCUCGGAGCUGAAGCAGCUCCUGGCAGAGUCGCUCGUCAGUCUGCACACCAUGUGGAACGAACAUUUCGGCAUCUGUGUUGUUGAAGGCAUGGCCGCGGGGACUGUGAUGUUAGCCCAUGACUCCGGAGGACCCAAGAUGGACAUUGUGGUGACGCACAACGAUCGGCCCACGGGGUUCUUAGCAUCCGACGAGGAAUCUUUCGCUGCGGCAAUGAAGCAGAUUUUCCAGAUGUCGCCGUCGGAGAGGCUGGCCUUAAGGCAGAAUGCUCGAGAUUCGUUGUCCCGGUUUUCUGAGGAGGAGUUUGAUGCUGCAUUUUUGUCCCUCUGUCGGCCUGUUCUCAAGUUCCUCUCUACAUAGGGCUGUUUGAAGUGUGUGACUGUGGGGGAUGGGGGGAGGGGUGUGACCUUUCGGGGAGGAGGGAUUGGGGUGGGGGUGACUUUUGGGAGAAGGGGGGGGGGGUAUCGAGUUCCAGGUGGCUCUCUAUUUGUGCCAGGGGUAGCCAGUGUUAAGAGUGAUAGAUAGUGGAUGUAAGACGUCAUCAAGUCUGUAGGCUCUACUGCCACAAGUGUUACAACCUUCUUUGAAUGUUUAUUUAUUCAUUUACUCAUUAACUUUAACUCUUUAUCUCCGGCAAGCUGCUCCCAGCGGCUCGCGGUUGGAGUCGCUGACAGCGGCUGGGGCACAUUCCUUUACGACAACUUCGACAUCAAAUUACUUUUCAGCAAUUGCCGAAAACAGGCCUCUUUUAUCGGGAGUGCAUAUUUUAGAUGAAGAACUAUCAAAAUAGGUUCACUUGUUUUGAAUUUAAUGACCCAUUUAGUGACGUUUUUGUCAUUUUUAGAUUAAGUACCAAAAGAAGGGGCCCGGCAUAGUGGGUUUGCCCCCCCCCCACCCCCACGGAGAUAAAGAGUUAACAGCUUGUUGCUAUGGAAAAUGUUGCUUUUCUUUACCCUCUGCCUGCUUUAAUCUUCAGAUCAUGUUUAAAAUUGUUCUAUAAAUGUGGGUACCAUGGCAGCAGGCCUCUUUGCAAUGGUUACUGGUUGCAGGAAUACUUCAUGCUUGCAUGUGAAGAAAAACAGCUGGCGGGUGGUUGGUGGGUGCUCUGGUGUGAUUUGCUCCUUCUUUUUUAUCAAACGUCUAACCUCCUUUAUAAUCUCUCUUCCUUCUUUUCUUUAUACGUUACUCUCUAGUAACACCCGUGCUCUAAUCUUAGGUUCCUAUAUGACCUAUCUUUGUCGUAAGUGCCGUGAAACUUUCGAAAAAAUUAAAAAAACUAAA